AGUAAAUAAAAACAAAAUUCCUGAUACUCUACUACUAAAAGAACGCUGUAAAGAAAAAGAAUGAGAACUCCGCUAAAUUUUACGUAUAGUGUAGAUUUUUUAAAAACAUAAUGGCCAGCGAAAAGAAUUACGAUGAACUUUUAUAUCCUCUUUUAUGCAGCGAGGGAAAUAUAGUACACUUUUUUGACAGGAUCUUUGACUUUUUACAUAGAAGGACGGAUUUCUUUAAAAUCAAACGAGAAGAUUCAUCUGUGCUGGGACUGCUUCCUGGGGAAGCAGAGAAAAUAAUUAGAUCUCUGUUCUGCAAAUAUAUGAGUCAAUCUGCAAGUAAUGAGGAUGAAGUAAAUUUGCAAGAAGAUUCUGUUCCUAUAGAUUUUAUUGCGGAAGAAGUAGUAACAACUGCAGAAGAAGAUGAAGAUUCAAACAUGUUGGUGGACCAAAGCUCUGUUUUAGCUGAUGAUAUGAGUCCAAGACUGUCUGGAGGAAAUGAAGGACAUGAUGCUCAAUUAGAACCAGAUGUUAAAUUUAUGGAUCCCGACUCUUAUAAUGGUGCUCGCUAUGAGGAUUACUGUUGGGCUCAGACCAUCAAAGAUAUUGAUUUACGCAUCAAAGUUCCUCCAAGAGUAGCAACUGGAAAACAGGUACAAGUGACUAUCAAGCAAAGUCAUCUGAAAACAGAAAUGUUUGACAGUAAUCAAUGGGUUACUUUGAAAUGUGGGGACUUGCCAUCAAAAAUCAAUGUACAGGAAUCAACGUGGACAUUAAUACCCGGUGAACACAUUCAUAUUUGUCUUCAAAAGUGCCAUGAAAAAUGGUGGGAUGCCUUAUUUGCUGAGGAGCCUAAGAUUGAUUUAAAGACCAUUGAUUCUUCCAUUGCUUUCGAAGACUUGGAUCAGGAAUCUCAGUCCAAAAUUGAAGAACUCAUGUACAAUGAACAUUUGAAACAAUUGGGAAAACCGACCAUUCAACAGAGUAAGGUGCACAACAUUCUGAAAGAAGCUUGGAACUUCGAGGGAUCACCUUUUAAAGGGCAGCCAUUUGAUCCUUCUGUUCUUGAUAUUCAGAAUCUUAGUGAUGUCUGAGGUGCAGAUGAUGCCAGCCAUUUUCAUUCAAAGCAUUUUUCAUUGCAUUCUGAGAUUUUAAACUGCAACUCUUUAAACAUCAUUGAUUUGUACAUUUGUGAAUAAAAUUUUAUAUUGUGUCUGUUUUUGGAAAUUCUGGCC